AUGGGUUCUACUAAUCUUUCUCAACCAUACAAAAAGGACCCAAAAGAUAGCUGGUGCAGAAAUACCAGUAAUAUGAUUCAUACGGGCGAUAACAAUAUAUAUGGAAAUAGAUUUUGGCCAGAUACUACAAUGAUUCUUAAAGAUAGUCUUUUAAAGUCACCUGCUCAUUCUCAAGCGAACGAGGGAUUAAAUACAUUUCCAUCAUUUACAACACUUCAACAGACACGGUAUUUACAAGCAGCAAGUGCACAAGCGGCAGCAAUGACACAUAAUAUGAAAUUGUCAGGAAAAGAAAUAUAUGUUCCUGACUUAUCAGUUGUUGAGAAGACGCAAGGGAGUCAUGGAUUAAGACAGGUAUUUUCGGGGCUCAAUGAUGGAUACUCAGGGGAAUAUGGAGAUAUGUUUGAGGAAAAACAAGAUACAAUAGCAAAGGAAGAAAUAUUAGAUAAGUUGUCUAAAUUACGUGUUAAUUAUCAUAAACAUGACGAAAUACAAAAAAAUAGCCAAGUAUCGUAUUUACACCAAGCAAAGGAUAACGAAAUCAAUUACAAUUAUCAAAAAAAUAACUUAUUUAAUUAUUAUACGUUGAUGCAAAAUAUGCGACAUGAGACAUUGAAUUCUAAAGACUGUGAUCGAAUCUAUAGUAUGGAUCAAAAAAAAAAUUCAAUGAAGUCAUUAAUUCAUCCAUAUAUGGGUUAUACGAAUAACCUGAGAAAUUUUUUUAAAGAGUCGUCAUUAAAUCAAAAUGGUUCAUAUAAAUACAAUGGAAUUUCGAAAAAACAGAUGUAUUCAUAUUAUUCUGUUAAGGAUAAUGAUUUUCCGAAGAAUACCGUUAACAUGCAAUCUACUGUUCCUACAAAACAUCCUUUGAAAGAUACAACACCCUUAGUCACUUAUUCUGAAUCAGAAACAGUUCAAAAAGACUAUAGCCAGGGAGGGGAAACGCAACCUACUGGCUAUUCAGAAGAUAUGUUUUAUUAUCCUCAACAAUAUUAUGAUGACACUUUACAUGUUUUACAGCAAACAUAUGUUAGGCCUAUAUCGUCAACCUUAAAUUUUUCUACUCAGAUUAGACGUGAAAAUGAUAGAUACCAAUCUUUAAGAAGCUCAUUACUUGAAGAAUUUCGAAAUAAUAAAAAUAAGAAAUAUGAAUUAAAAGAUAUAUUUGGGCAUAUUGUGGAAUUUAGUGGAGAUCAGCAUGGAUCACGUUUUAUUCAGCAGGCAUUGGAAGAAGCAAACUCGGAAGAUAAAGAAGUUGUUUUUCAAGAAAUUUAUCCUAAUUCCUUGCAAUUAAUGACAGACGUUUUCGGAAAUUAUAUUAUUCAAAAAUUUAUAGAACAUGGUAGUCAAACUCAAAAAACUCUUUUACUUGAACAAAUGAAGGGCCAUAUUCUGAAUCUCUCCUUACAAACAUAUGGUUGUCGUGUUGUUCAAAAAGCUCUUGAAUAUAUUGAAAUUGAUCAACAAAUUAAUUUAGUCAAAGAAUUGGAUGGUAAUGUAUUGAGAUGCAUUAAAAAUCAGAAUGGAAAUCAUGUUAUUCAAAAGAUAAUUGAAAAAGUGCCUAUGAAACAUAUGCAGUUUAUUAUAAACACUUUUCAAGGUCAAAUAUAUACGUUGGCAACACAUCCAUAUGGAUGUAGAGUAGUGCAACGUAUGCUAGGAUAUUGUUCACAGGCUCGUGAUCUCCUAAAUGAACUUCACCUAUAUUCACGUAGUUUGAUUCGAGAUCAAUAUGGGAAUUAUUGUAUACAACAUAUUAUUGAAAAGGGUGAGCCGGAAGAUCGUUCUAAGGUUAUUUCUGUAGUAAAAGAGAAUAUUCUUAAGUUUUCAAAGCAUAAAUUUGCUUCCAAUGUAGUAGAAAAAUGUAUAACGUAUGGAACAGAUGAAGAAAAAAGAUUACUAAUUGAUAAAAUAAUGGAGAAUGAUGAAGACGGAUUUCCUCGUCUCUUACCGAUGAUGAAAGAUCAAUAUGCAAAUUAUGUAAUUAAAAAAGCAUUAGAUGUUGCAAGUGGUGAUCAGCUCAAUAAACUUAUUGCUGAAAUAAAACCUCACUUACAGUUUUUAAAAAAAAAUGUUCAUGGAAAAGCGUUAAGUUUAAAUAUUGAGCGACUUAUAACUCUUUCUAAUAAUCAAUCUAAUCAGAACAAUGAAACUUUAGUCACAAAAACUUAAUAGUAUAUAAUUCUGGAAAUUUUGAUAUUAAUUAUUUUAAAUAAUUAAUAUUUUUG